AUGUUUUAUCUUUUAGUACAAGUUAACGAAAAUAUCAAGUGCAUCAUUUCUGAACGUAUAGUGAGCAUAGAAUCUACAACUAAUAAGUUUUGUGACCUUUUUGAUGCUAUUACAGUAGGGCAAUACAAUAAUAGAGAGCAAGAAGUUGAUAAUGAUUUAAAUGGUAACCUAAAAAUGUUAGAAGUUUUUGGAUUUUUGCAAGUUAAAUUUUGUCUCAUUGCCAAUAUAAAUUCAGAUACGCCAGCUUCAACUCAAA